GCCUUUUUUUAAAAAGGCGAAGAAAACGGCAACGCGGAAACACGCUAACACCUAUUUGUCUCCGAAGUGUUUUGUUUAUUUGUAUAGUAUCUUCUGAGACCUUCGCAAAAACAAGUCAACAUGGGGAAGCGACAACACCAAAAAGACAAAAUGUACAUCACAUGUGCGGAGUACACGAACUUUUAUGGAGGGAAACGAGCGGAAAUCCCACGCUCAAACUUUAGGCGGCUUUCGUUUGACCACUGCAGCUUAUCUCUGCAGCCUUUUGAGUAUCCAGUCUGCACAGAGGAGGGAGUCGUCUUUGACCUACUGAGCAUUAUUCCAUGGAUUAAAAAGUACGGUACUAACCCAAUCACAGGAGAGAAACUGGAAGCCAAGUCUCUCAUCAAACUGAACUUUGUAAAGAACAAUGAUGAUAAAUAUCACUGCCCCGUUCUCUACAAUGUCUUCACCAACAACUCCCACAUUGUUGCCAAUAAGGUCUCGGGCAAUGUGUUUUCCUAUGAGGCUGUUGAGCAGCUCAACAUUAAAACCAAAUGUUUCAGAGACCUGCUGACAGAUGAACCUUUCACCAGAAAAGACAUCAUAACUGUUCAGGACCCCACAAAUCUGGAUAAAUUCAACGUGGCUAACUUCUUCCAUGUGAAGAACAACCUAAAGGUGUUAGAUCCAGAUGAGGAAAAGGCCAAGCUGGACCCAGCGUACCACCUGAACAGCACCAACCUUGAGACCAGGGAGACUUUAGCCGAGCUCUACAAAGACUACAAGGGCGACAAGUUGCUGGCUUCCACCAUGAAGGAACCAGAAGCUAAGAAGACAGACAAGCUUAAUGCUGCUCACUACUCCACAGGCAAGGUUUCUGCCUCUUUCACGUCGACUGCCAUGACUCCUUCAACAACCCACGAAGCAGAUGCCAUCGCAGAUGAUGUGGUGCGUUAUCAGUACGUGAAGAAAAAGGGCUACGUCCGUCUGCACACAAACAAAGGAGACCUGAAUCUGGAGUUACACUGUGAUAAGGUUCCCAAAGCUGGAGAGAACUUUAUUGGUCUGUGCAAGAAGGGAUAUUAUGACGGGACGAUUUUCCACAGGUCCAUCCGGAAUUUCAUGAUUCAAGGGGGGGACCCCACUGGCACAGGCACAGGAGGAGAAUCAUUUUGGGGAAAACCUUUCAAGGAUGAAUUUCGUCCCAAUCUGUCCCACACAGGCAGGGGGGUUCUCAGCAUGGCCAACUCUGGUCCAAACACCAACAAGUCCCAGUUUUUCAUCACAUUCCGGUCCUGCAUCUACCUGGACAGAAAACACACAGUAUUUGGAAGAAUUGUUGGUGGAUUUGAGGCUCUAACCGCCAUGGAGAACGUGGAGAGCGAUCCAAAAACAGACAAACCAAAAUCAGAGAUCAAGGUCAUCAGCACAACUGUGUUUGUGGACCCAUAUGAAGAAGCUGAUGCUCAGAUCGCAGCGGAACGAGAGAAGGAGCUGCAGAAGCAGGAGGAAGAGAGAAAUCAGUCCAGUGCUGACCAGAGGAAGGCCAAGGAGGAGCAGGCACCGAAAACAUUCAGAGAAGGUGUAGGCAAAUACAUCAACCCUGCCACAAAAAAACGUCCAGCUGCUGCAGACGACAGUGGACCGUCCACCAGUGGAGUGACUGCAGCCAAAAAGUCCAAAGGCAAAACCGGCUUUGGAGACUUUAGCUCUUGGUAGAAAUAACAUUUUAACCAGUGGGAUACUGGGAGCUACUUACUGUGAUUAGGUUUGUAAAAAACAUUGUAUCUAUAGAACAUUGUUCUGCAUUCUAUUUUACCAGUUGAAUCAUGUUGUAAAAGUACACAUUAAAGCUACAUUUUCCGUUUAAA